CUCCUGGCCCCACAGCCAAUAUGGCAGCUCCCUGUGUGUCCUGCGGCGCCGUAGUCUCCUACAGGCUCUUUCUCGGGGGAAGAGUUAACUUGGCUUGGAGACAAGGCCUUUGGAAAGGCGCGGCUGCUGAGUUGCAAACAGGCUCCCGAUCCCAGGUAUUACGGCUCAGACAUACCACAGUUGUAACAACAAAGAAAAAUGUGGCAGCCUUAAGACGUGAAACUUACACAGUGGAUUUUAUUAAAAAGCAGAUUGAAGAAUUCAACAUAGGAAAGAGACAUUUAGCCAACAUGAUGGGAGAAGAUCCCGAAACUUUCACCCAAGAAGAUAUUGAUAGAGCUAUUGCUUACCUUUUCCCCAGUGGUUUGUUUGAGAAGCGAGCCAGGCCAAUAAUGAAGCAUCCUGAAGAGAUUUUUCCAAAACAAAGAGCAUCCCAGUGGGGAGAAGAUGGCCGUCCGUUUCACUUUCUCUUUUAUACCGGCAAACCAUCGUAUUAUUCACUAAUGCAUGACACAUAUGGAAAGCUACUUGAAGUAGAAAAACAUCACAAUCAGUUGCGAGCCAAAGGUCUGUUUCCAGAAAGAGCUAAAACCAAAGACCUGAUUGCCAGCAGAUGGCUGAUUAAGGAGGAACUAGAAGAAAUGUUAGUGGAAAAACUGUCAGAGCAAGAUUAUGGGCAUUUCAUUCGGCUGCUAGAAAGAUUAUUGACAUUGCAGUGUGAUGCUGCUGAAGAAUUUGUACAGCGCUUUCGUAGGAGUGUAACCAUUCAAUCAAAAAAACAGCUGAUUGAACCUUUGCAGUAUGACGAGCAAGGAAUGGCCUUCAGCAGGAGCGAAGGUAAAAGAAAGAGUGCGAAAGCAGAAGCAGUUGUUUAUGAACGUGGAAGUGGAAGAAUAACAGUUAACGGGACCGAUUACCUGCUUUACUUCCCCGUGACACAGGACAGAGAACAGUUGAUGUUCCCGUUUCACUUCCUUGACCGACUGGGGAAACACGAUGUGACCUGCACGGUCUCGGGGGGUGGUCGGUCGGCGCAGGCUGGAGCCAUACGCUUGGCGAUGUCCAGAGCGCUGUGCAGCUUUGUCACCGAGGAAGAGGUCGAGUGGAUGCGACAAGCUGGACUUCUUACCAUUGAUCCGCGCGUCAGAGAACGGAAGAAGCCUGGCCAGGAGGGAGCUCGCAGGAAGUUCACCUGGAAGAAGCGCUGAGCAUGUUUUCACAGGAAAGGAGAGCAAACGCUGUGCGUGUGACUGCACGUGGCGGACACGCAGUAAAUAUCUGCUGGCCACGGCGAGGGCAGCACUGUCAGCCAUCUGAGUUGUGAGAGGAUUUAUUUUUAAAUGCUACUUUGUAAAGGUUAUCUUUUAAAAAUAAUUUUUAAAAAUGUGUAGCUUCAGUCUGCUGCUUUACUUUUUAAACUUUUUCAGAAGAUAGUUUUCAAAGCAUCAUAAUUCAUAGCAUCUUGACCUCUUAGACCUGAAGGGAACACUGGGCAAAACCCAGUCAAGUAACCUCCUUUUGCGGACGGGGAGGCCCAACCUUAAGGAUCAGGUGACCCACUAGAGCCAAAUUGCUAAUUUAAUGAUUGAGUUAGACUUGAGUUCAUUUCUCCCAAUUCUGUUGUCUUCCCAUAUGGCGACUGUUACAACCCAGUGUUCAACACUGAGAGAUGGGAGUCCUUGUCCAGGAGACUGAAAUAAGUUGAGCAUCUUUGGGCUGAGCUGCCAGGUGUCCAAGUAGCCAAUGAAGACAACAAGCCCAUUUCCCCCACCCUCAGCCCCUGGCAACCAACAUUCUCUUCAGUGAUACCACACAGUAUUUGUCCUUCUCUGUCUGGCUUAUUUCACGUAACAUAAUGCCCUCCAAGUUGGGUACAAAUGUUCAGUUACAAGGUGAAUUAGUUCUGAGGAUCUAAUGCCCGGCAUGGUAACUAUGGUUGAUGACACUGUGCUGUGUCAUUGAAAUUUGCUAAGAGGGUAGACUUUUAAGUUCCCACCAAAAAGGAAAAAAACAAAAUGACAACCGUAUGAAGUGAUCGAUGUGUUAAUGAACUUGUUGGUGGGACUCCUUUCACAAUGUAUAUCAAAUCAUCACACUGUACACUUUAAAUAUAUUAUAAUGUUGUCAAUUAAAUCUCAGUAAAGCUGGAAAAAAAAUGACAAGCUAAAUGAAAAUAGCCAAGCCUGUAAUCACUUACUUCCAUUGUAUAAGAGACCAAACCAGAAAAAGUGCGCCCUUGCCCUGGAGCUCUCAACAGAGGCACCUGAGGAAGGAGCCACAGAGGCUUCUGAAUGAAUGGGGAGGGUGUAACAGGCGCUGAGUCCCUGGCUGCGGCUCCCCUCUGUCACGUCAGGUGAGUGUCGUGCCAAGAACUCAGAACACUGGAAGAGAAGUUGCUGGGAGAGGGGACAGUGACACCAGAGGGGUUGACUUGGAUUUGGUUGAGUCUCAGGUGUUUGCAGCCCACCCAAGUAGAGAGGCUGUGACACAUUCCCCAAGAUUAACAGGCACAGAACCGUAACAAUGAAAAUCAUCACCAUCUCACAAGAAUUAUUGCCACGUCCUGGCGAACAACAGAACUUUUUAUUCUAAGCCUUUGGUUAAAACACAUACUAAACCCGUUUUUGAAA